CUAUUUUGUAAAACUCGUUUAAAUGAUCAAAUUCAACAAUUAUGUCGGUUGAUGAUUAUCUCAGGUUAUAACACUCCACCAAUGUACGGUGAUUAUGAAGCGCAAAGGCAUUGGAUGGAACUUACCUUACAUGUUCCAAUUAAUCAAUGGUAUUACUACGAUUUAGAUUGGUGGGGCCUUGAUUAUCCUCCAUUAACAGCAUAUGUGAGCUGGAUUUGUGGUAAAAUUGGUUAUAUACUUGAUCCAACCUGGUUUGCAUUGGAUAAUUCACGUGGUUAUGAAAGUGACGAAAGUAAAUUGUUCAUGAGAUCCACAGUUUUAAUUUGUGAAUAUUUGAUUUAUGUACCAGCGGUUUUAAUAUUUACUAAUUGGUGGUUUGCUGGUAAUUCAUGGAAGAAACGGGAAUUGGCAAUAUUGUUGAUUCUUUUGCAACCUGCUCUUAUAUUAAUAGAUAAUGAACAAAUUUCACAAGUCAUUAUUCGCAUAUUCCCAUUACAACGUGGAUUAUAUGAAGACAAAGUCGCGAAUAUUUGGUGUGCAAUUAAUAUAAUUAUCAAAUUGAGAGAAAUUCUGAGUAUUCAAGCAUUGGCUAAAAUUAGUCUUGUCACCACCUUAUUGGCUAUUUUACCAUCAUGCAUUCAUCUCGGAUCAAAUCCUGAUAAACGUUAUCUUAUUUAUUGUUUAGCAAAUUCUUCGUUGGCAUUUUUCAUGUUUUCAUUUCAAGUCCAUGAAAAAUCCAUUUUAUUAUCCGCUUUACCUGUUAGUCUAUUAAUUUUAGAUGAUACUUUCUGGUGUUCUUGGUUCAUGAAUGUUGCAGUGUUCAGCAUGUUUCCGCUAUUAAAAAAGGAUAGAUUAGUUUUGCCAUAUUUCACAGUAUUGCUUAUGUGGAACUGGAUGGGCUCUUUCAUCAAACAAGAUACCAAACCUAUAAUAUUGAAAUAUUUAUCAUGGGUAUCAUAUUCUAUGAUGGCAUUUAUUCAUAUAUUAGAAUUUAAUAUUCCACCACCAAAAAGAUACCCUGAUAUUUAUGUUGUCUUAAAUGUUAUUUUUA